GUGUUCGCCGGUCUGAAGUAAUACCUUCACGACAUUGUGGUUACUUAACCUCUCGGUAUCUUUGAUCUCGAACCCCGUGAGGACACGUCGCGGCGUCACGUGACCCUUUAACAUGUUAACACCACGCCUACAGCUGCGAGCUAAGUAGCUAGCCAUGCUAGCUCCUGGUGGAAAGAAACAACAUUCCUGCGGGGGGUAUUUAGACACUUAAAAGAGAAGUAAACAACAACAACAACCCGGAAGACUUUACCGGUGAGUGUGACUACGUUACAGAGACAAAGCGGGUCCGGUAGUUAAAGGGCAGGAUGUCAAUCGAGUACGAGGAGCCCGCGUUAGCAGAGAGUUACGAUGCCGAGGGGUCGUUUCCUAAAAGUUUCGGCUACGGGGUGGAGGAGUCCGACAUGGAGGAGAGCUCAGCGUCAGCGGACAAGCCGAGGAUCCUGCUGAUGGGACUGCGACGCAGCGGGAAGUCUUCUAUCCAGAAGGUGGUUUUCCACAAGAUGUCCCCCAAUGAAACGCUGUUUCUCGAGAGCACCAACAAAAUCUACAAGGACGACAUCUCCAGCACCUCCUUCGUCAACUUCCAGAUCUGGGACUUUCCCGGCCAGGUGGACUUCUUCGACCCCUCCUUCGACAGCGAGAUGAUCUUCAACGGGACCGGCGCUUUGAUCUUUGUCAUCGACGCUCAGGACGACUACGUCGAGGCCCUCGGCCGGUUACACCUCACCGUGUCCAGAGCCUACAGGGUGAAUCCAGACAUCAACUUCGAGGUGUUCAUCCAUAAAGUCGACGGUCUGUCCGACGACCACAAGAUCGAGACGCAGAGAGACGUCCACCAGAGAGCCAACGACGACCUGGCGGACGCCGGCCUGGAGAAGCUCCACCUCAGCUUCUACCUAACCAGCAUCUACGACCACUCCAUCUUCGAGGCCUUCAGCAAAGUCGUCCAGAAGCUCAUUCCUCAGUUGCCGACGUUGGAGAACCUUCUGAACCUUUUCAUAUCGCACUCCGGCAUCGAGAAAGCCUUCCUGUUCGACGUGGUCAGCAAGAUCUACAUCGCCACCGACAGCUCCCCCGUGGACAUGCAGUCCUACGAACUCUGCUGCGACAUGAUCGACGUCGUCAUCGACGUGUCCUGCAUCUACGGGCUGAUGGAGGACGGCGUCGGCUGCGCCUACGACAAGGAGUCCAUGGCCAUCAUCAAGCUCAACAACACCACGGUGCUCUAUCUGAAGGAGGUCACGAAGUUCCUCGCUCUCGUGUGCAUCCUCAGAGAGGAGAGCUUUGAGAGAAAAGGUCUGAUAGAGUAUAACUUCCACUGUUUCCGAAAAGCCAUCCACGAAGUGUUUGAGGUUGGCACCCCGCAACAAGACGCCCGCUUCUCCAGAAGCAACCCGAUGGGCCUAAAGUACGGCGCACUGAAUGGAAGCGCUGUCUGAGGAGAUCACAUGGAAAACACACACACACACACACACACACACACACACAGACACGCGCCUCCUGUCAAACACACUUUGCCUGACCGCAACUGAAUGUAAAUCAGUUUCAACUGAUAAGCUUACGCCAAAAAAACAAAAACUAGUGGUUCCUUCUUUCUGCACAUGUAUUGGUAUUGAAAUGUCAGCUGUGUUUACCUUAUUGGCCAGUUACUCCUGUGCACUCUGCACAUUUUUAUAUAUAUAUAUAUAUGCGUAAGAGUCUUCUGAUCCAGUUUAAGCACUCGUCGUCAAUACGAACAAAAGCUCCCGAGACUUAAGCUCUGAACUGAAUUUCCACAAACUCAAAUGCACAGUGUGACCGUCUGUCACGUUCCUGCUCAUUAAGCGUUGAAAUGUGGCUCUGAUGGCCGGUACGAGAGAGGAAAGCACAGUGUUUGUUCCACUGUGUGUUUUCUGUUGAUAAUGAAUCAUGUGACCAGCAGCCGGGGCUCUGCUCAGGAUCCCCGUCAGACCAGUACCGUGCCAGCUCCACCAUUAGAGCCUCGGUUUAAUAACAGCGCGCGGGUCUUAAUGGAGUCUGGACAUAAACGAUGACGCACGCCGCUGGACUCUUUGCGUUGCUCGUGACGACCGCUUUGACCAAAUUCACUCCGCAGAGAUUCAUUUUUUUUGGUUUUUUUUUUUGGGUACAGAUCUUGAAUAAUAUUUCCGAGAUUUGUAAUUAUUGUACAUAAUUCUUUAAUAAAAUAUCUUUCUUAUUUUUCGGAAUUACAGUUAUUGAUUUAUUUAGCUCAUAAUUAAUUUCUCGCACCUUUUUUUUUUUUACGAAUGUAUCGGAUUUGAGAGGGAAAGAAAAGACAUUGUAUAUUUUGAUAUGUGUGUAUCCUUGGUCAGAAAUAUGAGAAACGGGAGUUAAAUAUUAACUGUUUUAUUAUUGCUGCUUUAUUUCUGCCAAUUAAAAUGUAUUAAGCAUGA